GCACACACAACACUUGAGCUGAUUCUUCGCUGGCUGAGAUUCAAGUUAUAAGAAUUAUACGGAAAACUUGGCUUAAUCCAAUUACUAAAUCAUUCCAUCUUCAUGUAAAGACAAUAAAUUUGUAUUAACCUUUUCAUCUUAAAGAGAAAAGAGCAAGCCCACCACAAAAAGCGAGAAUGAAUGAGGAAAUCUCUUUGAGCAUCAUCAUCACGGUUUCAUUGCUCUUAAUAUUGGUGCAAGAAUCGACUUGCUUUGGUUUUGUGGACUACAAUGACGAAUGCGAAUUUGUUGAGUUUGGAGAUCCGUCCACGUUCGUGAGUCGCCUGGAAGAAUGGAAAUAUUGCGAUACGAAUCGUGGUCUUUUUUGUGUACCUGGUCUUGGCAGAUGCGGCUGCCUCGUACCACUCACAAUUUACAGAGGAGGAAAAUGCAGGGCCAAAGUUGAUGCAGGUUGCAUCGUGAAAGAGUACAAAUUGGAAUGUGUAGAACACGCAACGUGUGCUAGAAAUCAUUCCAGUUUAACUUGGAGAUGUGCUUGCGACAGAGGUUAUUUAAGCAAUGCGGAGAACACUGCGUGUUUUUCUCGCUAUGAAUUUGAUUAUAGGAGACGAAACUAUUACCGAGAGAGGGAUGGAUUUUAUUAUUUUGGAAAUGGAACAAGAUUGACCAUGCCGUCACUCUUAAUUUUAUUAUCCAUUAAUUUCACCUGGAUUUCAUUAAAAUGAUCACAAAAAUAAAAUUAAAAAAAAAAAA